UUCAUCAUUUCUGGCUGCCUCUCUAUUGGAGCUGAGAAGAGCCCGACCGAAUGCGCAGUGAAAGGAAGCCAGACCAUGAAUGUCAUCAGUGCCAUCUUUGCAUUACUUGGGAUAGUGGCUUUUAUAAUAGACCUGAAUAUAAAUGGACUGUACCACUCCAACUAUGACUACUACAACUAUCUAGUGAUGGCCGGGAACGGGAUCUCCAUCGUGCUGCUGAUCUUCACUAUCCUGGAGUUCUGCAUUGCAGUCGCCACCGCACUCUUUUGGUGCCGGGCAACCCGCCUCAACUCCCAUGAGUCCAUGCUGAUUGUGCCCAACACCAUCAGGGCGGACCUCAUGGUGCCCACUGCAGAAUUGCCUCAUCCGCCAACUUACAGUGAUACGGCCUAUGAUCCGAAGGACCAGUCUGAGUGGGGGACCCAAGAAAGAACCUGAGGAGAAGUCGGCCCAAGCGCAGAAGCAGCAGCUCCUCCUUCUCUGAGGAGCAAAUUCUGGCCCCCUGCCUGCAUGACAGAUUUCCUUCAGUUACUGCCAAUGUUCUUCCCAUCCCAGUCCCUGUCUUGAGUUCCGAGGGACCUGCUCUCCCCUUCUUCCGGGACGGGCUCAGGCCUGUGUGUUGCCCACAGAUGAGACUUUAAAGCAUGUUCCCCGGCCUGCUCUGCCUUGAACCAAGAGGUAACAUCUAGCCCGCGCUCCCUGUAGGCUGCAUGGGGAAUUGGUCAAUGAAUCUGUCAAAGGGGCAGCACGUCAGCUGUGCAUGAGUGCCCCCUGGGCAGAGAGAUCUGAGAGCAGGCAGGGGGCCAGAGUGAAACAUGGGGCAGGAGCACCUCCAAACAAACAUGUGACAAUCACCCGUGUAUCUAGCUGCGCUCUCCCAGGCCCGCAUUCAACCCUCCGUCAGCACAAACCCAGCACAGGAACAGGGAGUGGCAGCUUGGAAUCCUGACCCUGAUCUAGUUAAAACAGCUUGAGGGAUGCUCUAAUUUGCACCUGGCUACCCCUGGUCCCCGUGGCAGCUGGGGAAUAGCCAGCGCACAGAGCUGCCCUGGCCACACACCCUGGAAAGUCCUGAUCCAGGGGUCUGCUGCACUGGGGGAACGGCCAGGGGUGUUGCUGCUUUGCACGGCUUUGGAACAGCGUAGCCAGUGUCCAAUGGCUUCAGAGUGACUAUGGCCCCUCUCUCUUCAUCACUGGAUUUUGUCCCAGGCAGCGACCCAGACAGGCCUUCACUGUGGGUGGGUGAAGGGCACAGACUUUGAAGCCUCCAGAUCAUUGAUGCUAAUCUAGCAGCAUGUCAGCAGUGGCUGAAAAGCGUUAUCAUCUGACAGCCCGGUGUCCCAUGCAAAAUGAGGCCUAGUUCUUAGUAGGCAAGGCCGCCAGGUAACAAAAACCCCACUAUGAUGGGCCUCAACUCCUAUGACACACCACCCCGAGGGGUUGGCAACUGCUCUGCAGAGCAGGGCAGGGGGUAAGGGGCCCGGGCCAUAAAGAGAAAUUCCCCAUCUCCCGGUUCCUCCACAGAUAAAAGGCUGGAGAGCCCUAUGUAGACAGAGGAGUCAUGCCUCCCAGGUAAAUAUGGCUGCCGCAAGAAGGAAGCCAUUGGUUUAUAACCAGUCUCUCUAUCCUCAUGGUGUAGCCAGUCCCCAAGCAAAUGGGCAUGGCUUUUUUCUCCCCUGUAGUGUGACUGAGUGAUUUUUCUCUAAUUGCUUAUUGGCUUCUUUUGAGAAGAGCC